CCUUGGGUCCUGCUGCACAGAGCGGCCUGUCUUUAGAAAUGUCCCUCUGCCGGGGGAGGGCCCCAGAGAAAACUGGAAAGAGGGUGAGAGCCUGAGGAAGACAAAGCAUCCCAGGGCCUCCCACACCAGUGCCAGAGCAGGAAGGGGGAGGGGCAAUGACUCACAAGGCCCUGGGAGGUCACUUUAAGGAGGGCUGUCCUAAAAUCAGGAACCUGUAGCAGAAAGUGAAACCGUUGUGCACCAGACAAAGAUCAUAGUCAGGACUAGCCGGCAAAGGAUGAAUCCUCAAAUCAGAAACAUGGUGGAGCCAAUGGAUCCACGCACAUUCGUCUCCAACUUCAAUAACAGACCUAUCCUUUCUGGUCUGAAUACCGUCUGGCUGUGCUGCGAAGUGAAAACAAAGGACCCUUCGGGGCCCCCUUUGGACGCAAAGAUCUUUCAAGGCAAGUCCAAGGCUAAGUACCACCCAGAGAUGAGAUUCCUCCACUGGUUCCGCAAGUGGAGGCAGCUGCAUCAUGACCAGGAGUACAAGGUCACCUGGUACGUAUCCUGGAGCCCCUGCACAAGGUGUGCAAACAGUGUGGCCACGUUCCUGGCCAAGGACCCGAAGGUUACCCUGACCAUCUUUGUUGCCCGCCUCUACUACUUCUGGAAACCAAAUUACCAGCAGGCGCUUCGCAUCCUGUGUCAGAAAAGAGGCGGUCCGCAUGCCACCAUGAAGAUCAUGAAUUAUAACGAAUUUCAAGACUGUUGGAACAAGUUCGUGGACGGCCGAGGAAAGCCAUUUAAGCCUUGGAACAAUCUGCCUAAACAUUAUACAUUACUGCAGGCCACGCUGGGGGAGCUUCUCAGACAUUUGAUGGAUCCAGGCACGUUCACUUCCAACUUUAACAAUAAACCUUGGGUCAGUGGACAGCAUGAGACUUACCUGUGUUACAAGGUGGAGCGCCUGCACAACGACACCUGGGUCCCGCUGAACCAGCACAGGGGCUUUCUACGCAACCAGGCUCCAAAUAUACACGGUUUCCCUAAAGGCCGCCAUGCAGAGCUGUGCUUCCUGGACCUGAUUCCCUUUUGGAAGCUGGAUGGCCAGCAAUACAGGGUUACCUGCUUCACCUCCUGGAGCCCCUGCUUUAGCUGCGCCCAGGAAAUGGCUAAAUUCAUUUCAAAUAACGAACACGUGAGCUUGUGCAUCUUCGCUGCCCGCAUCUAUGAUGAUCAAGGAAGAUAUCAGGAGGGGCUGCGCACCUUGCACAGGGAUGGGGCCAAAAUUGCAAUGAUGAACUACAGUGAAUUUGAGUACUGCUGGGACACCUUUGUGGACUGCCAGGGAUGUCCCUUCCAGCCCUGGGAUGGACUAGAUGAGCACAGCCAAGCCCUGAGUGAGAGGCUUCGGGCCAUUCUCCAGAAUCAGGGAAACUGAAGGAUGGGCCUCAGUCUCUAAGGAAGGCAGAGACCUGGGUUGAGCCACAGAAUAAAAGAUCUUCUUCCAAGAAAUGCAAACAGGCCGUUCACCACCAUCUCCAGCCGCUCACAGACACCAGCGAAGCAAGGCGCUCCUGACCAAGUAGAUUUUUUAAAAAUUAGAGUGAAUUACUUUUAAUUGAAAAUUUAUGUUACGUUUCAAGAAUAUAGUACUAAGAUUAUACUCAAUACACUCAGAAAAGUUUCAAACCUACUAAUCCAGUGACAAUUUGAAUUGGUUUUAUACCUAGAGGAAUAAAAUGAAAUACUAAAUCUUUUCU